GAAAAUAAUAAUAAUAAUAAUAAUAACGUGAAAAUAUAAGAAAAAAAUAAUUCUUUUUGGAAAAAACCAGUGCAGCAUAUUCCUCGUAUGGAUCUCUUCUGAUUUUCCUGAAUAUUUUCUUUCUUGUCUUUCCAACAUCCAAUUACAUGCAGGCAAGAAAGUUAUAAACGCAUGUUCCUUUUUGGAGUUUGUCCAUUUCGUCUUCUACUUUUUCCUCUGCAUGAUCCCAAAGUUUGAGCCUUCCUGAGCCAAGACAUGCUUUUCUUAAUCCCAAAGAAGCUGAUAAGAGCCCUCGUUUUCAUUCAGAUUAUUUAGCAAUCGAGUGUUUCUGUUUGUAAGAGCGAAGGAAAUAAUAAAAUGGCUGUUCUCAGAUAGCGGUUUUCGUGAUUUGUGUAGCGGAAAUUGGAGGAAUGGAGACGUCUACACGGCGGGAGAAUUGUGAUCCCGACAAUGUUUCAGGUUCCAUGUCAAGCUUAUAUGAUCUCCUAUGUUCAGAUACACCAAAUUGGAGUUUACAAAGCAAUCGAAUGUCAAAUCCUGGUCCUCAACAAAGGUUGGAGAGUCUUUCACAUCAAUCCGGCAAUAUGUUCUGUGCAGAUUGUGGAUCUCCUGAUCCAAAAUGGGUAUCCUUAAGUCUCGGAGUAUUUAUUUGUAUCAAGUGUUCCGGUGUACAUAGAAGCCUUGGUGUGCAUAUUUCAAAGGUUUUGUCAAUGAAGCUAGAUGAAUGGACAGAUGAACAAGUUGAGGCUUUGGAAAUUCUGGGUGGAAAUUUUGAAGUUAACAAGAAGUAUGAAGCUUGCAUUCCAGAUAAACUUAAGAAACCAAAACCAGAGUCCUCUAUUGAGGACCGGGUUAAUUUUAUUAGGAGAAAAUAUGAGCAGCUAGAAUUUCUGAAUUCUGAUGAUUCGAUGUCUUGCCCCUUCUCACCAUCUCAUAAAAGGAGUUCAUCAAGCCCAAGCAGUUCUUUGAGCACCUACUCUGCCCAAGAUAAGAAACAAUAUGAGAAACAAACAACUAGAAAUCGUAUUGGCCAGGCAUUUUGCAGCAACUGGGGAAGAAAAGACAAUGAGCACAAGGCCUCUAAGAAGAGCAACUUAUUGGUAGGCAUGGUUGAAUUCAUUGGAUUGAUAAAGGUCAAUGUGGUUAGAGGCACCAAUCUAGCUAUCCGGGAUGUUAUGACUAGUGACCCCUAUGUCAUCCUUGCGCUUGGUCAUCAAUCAGUAAAGACACGUGUCAUCAAGAGUAACCUGAACCCAGUGUGGAAUGAAAGCCUGAUGCUGUCAAUUCCAGAAAACAUUCCUCCUCUAAAAGUGCUUGUCUAUGACAAAGAUACAUUCAAGAAUGAUGAUUUCAUGGGUGAGGCCGAAAUUGACAUUCAACCCCUUGUCGUUGCUGCCAAAGCCUAUGAGAACUCCGUGAUCAAUGAGUCGAUGCAGCUUGGGAAGUGGUUGGCAAGCAAGGAUAACACCCUGGUAAAAGAUAGUGUCAUCAACCUAGAAGAUGGGAGGGUCAGACAGGAAAUCAGUCUCAGACUGCAGAAGGUUGAGAGAGGUGUGCUGGAGAUUGAGCUUGAGUGUGUUCCUCUUACUCAAUAGCAGGCAUAAUUAGAAGUUAAUGAAUACACCAUAGCCCAGUCAAGUUUAUCCUCUCAUAUGUUUUAAGGGCAAAACAUCGAUUCUUCUCAAUACACAAAUUCUAACCAAUUCCUCUUAACUACCAAGCUGAAAGCCUGAAAAUGUGAGUAAUAUGGCAUGUAAACAUAUAGGGCUGUGCAACUAUUUUUCAAAAAGAUUUGGAGAUUAUGCAUAAAGCUCUACCUUCCCACUUCAGUUUUGUCAUUCUUAGCAGAGACUGUAUUUCGAUAUUAUCCAGUCAACUUGAAUCGAUAUAUAGCUGUGAUGUCCGAGAAUCCUUUAAAUGGGAGAUACAUGUAUUUCAUUCUUGUAACCAGGUUCUGAA